UUUUUGCGUGCAGGUUUUGCUUAUUUGGAAAGUUGGUGUGAAUCUAUAAAAAAUGCCGUAUGCAAAUCAGCCGUCCGUGCAAAUAACUGAGCUUACCGACGACAACGUCAAGUUCGUUCUGGAGGACACGGAGUUAAGCGUGGCUAACAGUCUGCGUCGCGUUUUUAUUGCCGAGACGCCGACGUUGGCCAUAGAUUGGGUGCAACUAGAGGCCAACUCAACGGUGCUCUCUGAUGAGUUUUUGGCGCAUCGCAUUGGCCUUAUCCCUCUCAUAUCAGACGAUGUUGUUGAGCGCUUGCAGUAUACUCGUGAUUGUAUUUGCCUGGACUUCUGCCCAGAAUGCAGCGUCGAGUUCACAUUGGACGUAAAGUGCAAUGAGGAGCAAACGCGCCAUGUGACUACUGCCGAUCUGAAGUCUAGCAAUGCAAAGGUGCUGCCGGUGACAUCACGCAACCAGGGUGAAGAGGAUAAUGAAUAUGGCGAAAGCACCGAUGAAAUAUUGAUAAUCAAACUGCGCAAGGGUCAGGAGCUGAAACUGCGCGCAUAUGCAAAGAAAGGCUUCGGUAAGGAGCACGCCAAAUGGAAUCCUACAGCGGGCGUGUGCUUUGAAUAUGAUCCGGACAACUCUAUGCGCCAUACUCUCUACCCCAAACCUGAUGAGUGGCCCAAGAGCGAGCACAGCGAACUCGAAGAUGAUCAAUAUGAAGCACCCUACAACUGGGAAGCGAAGCCGAAUAAGUUCUUCUUCAAUGUGGAGUCCUCCGGUGCGUUGAAGCCGGAAAAUAUUGUCGUUAUGGGUGUGCAGGUGCUGAAGAACAAGCUCUCGAAUCUGCAAACACAACUAAGUCACGAGUCCCAAAACGACGCACUGGCUGUCUAAACUGUAACACUUGUGUCUAUAUUUAAGCUCAUAAAAGUACAAUAAUGACUAAUCCUUGAAUAAACUGUCUAUGUUAAUGCCA